UGCAUCAACGAAUCGGCCGGUCGGUGCCGAGCCGUGAAGUGCACUGCGAACCGGUGCGCGAGUGGUGACUCGGCGGUUCUGGAAACGUUUCUGGACUCGGAUUUCUGUUUGCAGCCGAAAGGCGAUUCGUAUUCGAGAAAAUCGGUGUUCGAUUGCAUGUUGGCCGGUUCGAUUCCGGUUAUUUUCUGGGAGAGAACCGCUUACGGGCAAUACGAGUGGUUCUUGCCGGAGGAGGCGGGGAGUUACUCUGUUUUUAUCGAUCAGAGGGAGGUGAGAAAUGGGUCGGCAUCCAUUAGAGGAGUGCUGGAGAAAUUUAGUAGAGAGAGAGUGAGGAAGAUGAGAGAGAAAGUGAUUGAAACGAUACCAAAAUUAGUUUACGCCAGUGCUCCCGAGGGCCUGGAAACUAUCAACGAUGCUUUUGAUAUCACCCUCCAUGGCAUC